AUUCAGAGCUACGUGGAGAAGGGACACGCUCCUCGUGCAGUCAGGGCAGGGAGGAGAGCAGGCUGAGCAGCAGAAAUUAGUCACUUCAGUCCUGGUGAAAACACUAAUACACCUCCUCUGGACUCGGCUACAGUUUGUAUGCGGCUCGCAGAGGUUUUUCUAAUCCUUACCGCUCUAAGAAAAAAAAAAACUGCUGACAACAGUGCAGGAAACAUGGAAGACUUCUACACCAGUGAUUAUGCGGACAUCAGUUUCAAUGAUACUUAUGAAUACGACUAUGAACACAGCGUCUGUGAGAAAGAAUCGGUGCGUUCUUUUGGCAGCGUCUUCCUCCCAAUCAUCUACACCCUGGCUCUGGUGGUGGGCCUGGCUGGGAAUGCCUUGGUGGUGGCGGUCUACACGUCCAAGUUGAGACUCCGGACCCUGACUGACAUGUGCAUCCUCAACUUGGCUAUCUCAGACCUGCUGCUGCUCUUAACCCUGCCGUUCUGGGCCGCCGACGCCGUCCAUGGCUGGAAGCUGGGCGUGGCUGCCUGCAAACUCAACUCCUUCCUCUAUAGCACCAACUUCAGUUGUGGCAUGCUACUGCUGGCAUGCAUCAGUGUGGAUCGCUAUCGGGCGGUGGCCCAAAACUCAGCAGGCAGAACUGGGACGGAUACCCGAGUCAGAAGGCAGUGGAUUUUGGUGUGUGCGACACUGUGGGCUUUAGCCAGCUUUUUUGGCCUUCCUGAACUCAUCUUCUCCACGGUGAAGACUUCCCAUCACAGGACCAGCUGCACGGCCAUCUACCCAACCAAUAUGGCCCGACCUGCAAAAGCUGCCCUGGAGUUGCUGGAAGUCAUCCUCCGCUUCCUUGUUCCCUUCCUGGUCAUGGUGGUCUGCUACUCAUGCAUAGGCCGGGCGCUAACUAAGGCUCCUGGGGUGCGCAGAGAACGGAAAUGGCGAGCGCUUCGGGUCCUCCUCGUCGUCGUGGCCGUGUUCCUGCUCACCCAGCUGCCCUACAACGUGGUCAAGCUAUGUCGAGCGAUGGACAUCAUCUACCACCUCGUCACGGACUGUGAAGUGAGCAAGCGUUUGGACCACGCUCGGCAGGUGACAGAGAGCCUGGCGCUCACCCACGCCUGCAUCAACCCUGUCCUCUAUGCCUUCAUCGGGUCUUCCUUCAGAGGACAUGUCCUGAAGGCUGCCAAGCACCUUGGACAGAGACUUGGAAGACACUCAAGGCAAGUCAACGAGGAGGCGGCGGUGGAGAUCGCACUCCACUCAGCGAGCCAGAACCAGUCUCAGUCUGGUUCGGAGGACCAGGACACCAGCACAUUCACUAUCUGAGACUUUAGCAUGUGCAGUGUUAGCCACCUUUACUGGCAUUCUUGGUCAAUAUGUGUUAAAAGCCUCAAAUUAAAUUCAUUUUUAUUGCAGUAGCAUAUUCUCAAACUAAAAUAAAUUGAGUAAAAAAUCUCUUGCUAAGAAAUAUUUAGGGCACGAUAAUUGAUACCCCCAAACUAUCAUUGCACAAACUAUCAUUGCCCAUAAAACAGGACUCAUACUAAGACAUUUUCACAGAAGUAGCACACAAUUCAAAUUAAAGCAAAGUUUACCAAACUCUGCACAUUUACCAUUUUGAUGGUAGGUAAUUGAGACUUAAUGGAUGAAUGUAACUGGACUAAUAGGUCAAUUUUUCUUAUUUUUCUAAAUUAGAACUUAACAUGUUUAAGAUCAUUAUGAUUUAAUUUUAGUUUUAUUUUUUGGCAUGCAACAAGUGCUCUCACACCUAAUGUGAGGGUUGGGCAUGAAAUACUUUAUUUUCAUAAAUUAACUGGUUUUACAUUUUUAAAACAAUUAUUUUUCAUCCGAAUCAUUUAAAUGUAAAAUGUUAAACAGCCUGAAUUAAUAUACUUUUUAUUCAAAACCACCCCUAAAUGUCUUUUAGUCACAAACACCCACAUAUUAUUUACAGAUAAGAAAAUCAAUGGGGGAACUUACAGUAUAAUAAUGUGUGUCGCCCUGAGGCACGUCAACAUGAGGCAGGAGGAAACUGGAAUCUAACCCAUAAUUUUCUGAUUGCAAGGCACUACGUUAACUAUUGAGUCACUCUUAAGACUUUGCUAAUCACUUCUUGAAGCCUAAUAUUAUCAUAUUAAAGUGCUUUAAAAGCCUUAAAAGCAGAAACCCUAUUCUUAAUUUUACAGCAUGUGAUUAUCCUACUGUAAUAAAAGAGGAAUUUGUUGAAGGCUUUUUACAGGUAUUUACCACAGGCACACCUACAAUUCUCUGAUACUAUAUGCCUAUUUACUUGAUAUAUAUAUAUAUAUAUAUAUACAUGCAUUAGCCAUCAUACAAGCUAGACAGGUGUAGCCGCACAUAACUUAAUGGCUAAAAAAUAUGUAAUAUAACGUUAAACGCACUAAGCUAUGUGUUUUGUAUAAAUUAUGUAUUUUCUUAAAUAAAAAAAUAAGGCCUCCAGCGACAUGCAUCUGUUACAAUUAAAUGCAGCUGAAUCACAAGUUGCUCAGGGGAACCGUUCAGAACAACUCCAAUCCAACUUUACAAUCAGCCUUGUCUUCCAAAAUCUCAUCUGCAUCGCAUUUCAUCACAUCCUGCGGCUUUGGGUUGGGAUGACGGAUGGCUCGGUUGCACAGUGGGUGACCCAUUGAGUCGAAAAACAUUUGGCAAGCAAAGACAGGAGAGCUCGCAGCAGGAAGGAUCCUUCCAUGCUAUUAGAGUAGUAAACAGCAAAGUCGCAUGUUCCUUAGAGGAGCUUAAAGCCUAACCGCUGUUUUUCAUCCACUUAUAUUUGUUUAUUUCUAUAAAAUAAAGUUUAAAGAGCAAAUGA